AUGUACCCUCUGGCGGAAGGGUCAGACUCGAAGUCAGCACAGCCAUUUCUUCCUGCCUCUGCCGUCUACUGUAGUGCUGGCAAUUCAUCCUAUUCACCUCACCUUCUCAAGGGUAGUGGAGUAAGAGCGUCCUCUUUGAAGGCAGUGCCAGCUCAAUGGGUAUGGGCUGUAAGGGUGCACACUUCAAGGAUGUUUGCACUUUAA